AAUUGCUUUUUGAAUGUCAAAAGUGGCAAAAGCAUAAGAAUGCAUGAGAGUAAUGUGGAAUAAUCGGUUAUAACCAUUUGUUGCCAUUUAUGGUAACACAACCUAUACACAUGGCUUGUUUUUUCAGAAGAAGAAUUGCAUCGAAGUUAUCCAGGUGUUUGGGGCUGCCCGAAGAUACUUUCAUCUCAGCUCUAUGUGCAAUCCCAGUCUCCAAAAAACAGCAAUCUCCAGAUUUCCGCUUGUCAGUCAAAGCUCUGCUGUCGAAAGGGAUCCUGCCAGAUAAUGGAGACCUCGAGGCACAAACCAAGACUCUGGCCAAUCAGUUACAGCAAGAUGAUGUUGUUGAAGAAAUAUUUGCUGGACGGGGAGUGAUUCAUUUUAGAGUUAGCCGGAUUCAAUUGGUGCAGAAAGUCUUAGAGCAGUCACGCAAAGAACGUGACAAAUUUGGGAUGAAAAGUGAACUCCUCAAAGGCCUCAAGAAAGGAACAACAGUGGUUGAGUUUAGUUCUCCAAAUAUUGCCAAGAAGUUUCAUGCCGGACAUCUGCGUUCCACCAUUAUUGGCAACUUCAUCGCCAACCUGAAGGGAUCCUUGGGAAAUAAUGUCAUCCGAAUGAAUUACCUGGGAGACUGGGGAAUGCAGUUUGGUCUGCUAGCAGCUGGUUUUCAGAGCUUUGGGUGUCAGGAGAAGCUGAAAAUGAAUCCCUUACAACAUUUAUUUGAUGUAUACGUCCAGGUGAACCGGGAAGCAGAGAACGAUGAGGCCGUAGAACAGGCGGGCAGAGAGUUCUUCAGACAGCUAGAACAGCAUGAGCAACACGCCAUGGCACUAUGGAGACAGUUUAGAGAGAUCACGGUGUCCGAGUACCGGAAGGUCUACAAGCGAUUAGGGGUUCACUUUGACGUCUACUCCGGGGAGUCGUUCCACCAAAAGCAGGCCCAGGAGGUGGUGCUUCGACUGCAGACACAAGGCCUGCUAAAAACAACAGAGAAAGGGACAGGUGUGGUGGAUUUAUCUCCAUCUGGGGACAUGUCUAAUUACUCCACAUUACUACGCAGUGAUGGGACGUCCCUCUAUAUUACCAGAGAUCUUGCUGCGGCCAUAAAUCGCAAGGAAAUUCAUAAUUUUGAUGAGAUGAUCUACGUGACUGACAAGAGUCAGGGGAAUCAUUUCCAGCAGUUGUUCCAGAUCCUUCUGGCCAUGGGACACCUGUGGGCUGAGCGGUGCCAGCACGUGCCUUUUGGCCUGGUGCAGGGAAUGAAAACGAGGCUGGGAGAGGUGGUGUUCCUGGAAGAUGUCCUGGAUGAAGCCCAAGCAAGGAUGCUGAGGAACAUGAGCCAGGCCAAAACGACCAAGGAAAUGGAUGAUCCAGAGGACACAGCAGAGAAAGUGGGGAUCAGCGCUCUGAUAAUUCAGGAUUUUAAAGGGCCUCUGGUGUCAGACUACAAGUUUGACUGGGACAGGAUACUCCAGGCCCAGGGAGACACGGGAGUGUUCCUACAGUACACGCAUGCCCGGCUGUGCAGCUUAAUACGUCUGCAUGGAGAGGAAGAUACUGUCAACCCAUCACUUCUUCUAGACCAGAGGAGUGUUUUGAUAAUGCAGCACCUCCUUCGCUAUGAUGAAGUUCUAUACCAAUCUGCGUGCGAUCUCCAGCCGAAACAUCUGGUCAACUUCCUGAUGACUCUGAGUCACCUUGCUGCCUCAGCACACAGACAUCUGCCAGUGAAAGGAAGCCCUCAGGCUGUCGCACAGGCUAGGCUGCAGCUCUUCAGUUGUGUCUGCACCGUGUUAGCCAAUGGGAUGAGGAUAUUGGGCAUCACACCAGUUGAGAAAAUGUGACCUUUCACCACCUGCUUAAACAAUGUUUGACUUAAUGUAAAUAAAUGUUAUAAUACUU